AUGAGAGUUAUUAUAGCUCUUGUUAUUAGUGAUGCUCUCAAUGUUACCGUAAUUAUUUGUUUUUCAGUGAAUAUAUUUGCCAGAAAUAUCAAUAAUACAUCGGAGGAUGAGUAUGUGGUUUGCGACCAUAAACUAAUAAAUGGGUCGAUAGUAGCUUCGGGUAACGGUUCGGAUGUCGACUCUAGCCGUGAAAACCUAUGCAAAGUCGAGUGCUAUACUAAACUGAAAAAUCCUGGUUUCUGUCAGAUUCAUGCACUGAAUCCGUGCAAAACAAUGAAUAUUAUGGACAUUGAAUCGGAAUCUGUUGUCAAAUGCCGACAAAAUAAAGACACAAAAGAAGUAAAAUUCUUGUCAAUAUGUUGUCCGUUCAAAGAUGAAACAAAUCAAAUAAGUCUGUCCACUGAAACCACUAAUAUUACCACUACUACUACUACUUCUACUACAACUCCCAGUCCUAACAAAAAAUUUGAUUGUGGUAAAAGACCGAACAUUGCAGCCAUAGUUGGAGGAAUAAGCUCACAGCCCAAUACCUGGCCAUGGAUUGUGUCAAUAUAUGAACGACAGGGUUAUGACAAUAGGCCCCGUUUCAUAUGUGGCGGAACCAUCAUCAAUGAACACUAUAUAUUAUCUGCCGCUCAUUGUUUUGUCCGCUAUGGUCAGGGAGUGGGACGGAUACGACCCAAUCGUUUUGUCAUCAAAGUGGGCGCACACCGACUCUCUGAUCCAAAAAUUGCAUUCAUUGAGUUGUCUCACAUAAAUGUCCACAAAGAUUACAGUUCAAUGCAACACUACAAUGACAUUGCAUUACUUAAAGUCAGACAUAAGAUUGAAUUUUUGCCAACAGUUGGUCCCAUUUGUUUGCCGAUUGGUUCAAAGUUUGCAAAAUUUGAAGAAUUUAUAGGAAGGCCUACUAAACUGGUCGGAUGGGGUGCCACUCGAUUCGGUGGUCCAGUGAGUGAUGAAUUAAGAGAAGUCAAUGUCAACAUCAUAGACAACAAGGACUGCCAUCGAAAUUACACACAACUUAAUGGUCUUCAAAAUGGAUUUCCUAAUGGCAUUAAUCAUCUGCUAAUGUGCGCCGGUAUUAUAGGUGGUGGUAAAGACUCGUGUCAGGGCGAUAGCGGCGGUCCAUUGGCGAUGGCCAUCGAUGACCAGUGGUAUGAAAUGGGAAUCGUCUCUUUUGGCUACAAGUGCGCUGAACCAGGAUUUCCAGGCAUUUAUACACGAGUCAAGCAUCACAUGGAUUGGAUCCAACAAAAUACCAAAUAA